AUGAAGCUUUCAAUAUUUUUAUUUCUUUGCUUAUUUUUAACGCCUCAUCUUGUUGAUUCAACUAAUAGCGAUGAUGAAAAUGAUGGACAAAAUUAUUUUAAUCGUUUUCAAUAUCGAGAUGGUGAAACAAGCGGGACAGGAACUAGUGACCAUGGAGGAACUGGAACUGGAAGCAUACCCCCAAGUACUGGAGGAUACUCUCAAGGAAUGUAUUCUGGCACAGAACAUUCUCAAAAUUUGUUAGAUUUGAAUCGAGGUUUUGGCAAUAAUCCAUUUUUAAACUCACCUCAACAUCCUCAAGUGAAUCCGUCUGGUCAAGUACCUCGAAAUUUGUGGGAUUUGCAAUUAGGAUAUGGCAAUUAUCCAUAUCAACAUCACUAUAUUAAAACUUCUGGUCAAGAUUCUUCACAAAAUUAG